UAACACACACACUCACGCGCGCACACACAGACACUCUCCCGCGCGGAAGGCACGCUCCUCUUCAUUCCUUGCCGGAGAGCGCAGAGCAUGCGCAUGUUCCCCCGUUCGCCGUCGCCGCCGCUUCCGCGCGCGCUUUCCACGGAGGGUUUGGAGGGCUUGGAGGGCUGCUAGGGGUUGGUGGAGGUAGGGGCAGGAGAAUGAUGGACAGCAGGGCGCUCGAGCACCCGCCGCACGCCGCGUUCGGGGGCUCGCUGGGCGGCGGCGUGGUCGGCCUGGGCUUCCCCUACCAUCACCACCACCAUCAUCAUCACCAUCAGCUCGGACACCGACACGUGUAUGAGCUGCCCGGCCAUGCGCUACCCUCCGCCGCCGCCGCAGCAGCCGCGGCCGCGGCCGCCGCUGCCUCUGUGCCAUUCUCCAUAGACGGAUUACUGAACGGCUCGUGCUCAGUGGGCUCCGGGCCGCUGCUGGGGUCCGCCUGUGGGGAUGGACAGCAGUACAAGCUCUCCGACGCCGGCGACCCGGACAAGGAGAGCCCGGGAUGUAAGAGGAGGCGCACCCGCACCAACUUCACGGGCUGGCAGCUGGAGGAGCUGGAGAAGGCGUUCAGCGAGAGCCACUACCCGGACGUCUUCAUGCGCGAGGCGCUUGCGCUGCGCCUCGAUCUUGUUGAGUCACGUGUGCAGGUGUGGUUCCAGAACCGGAGGGCCAAGUGGCGUAAAAAAGAGAACACCAAGAAAGGACCUGGCCGGCCAGCGCACAACUCCCACCCGACCACGUGCAGCGGAGAGCCAAUGGACCCGGAGGAAAUCGCGCGGCGGGAGCUGCAGCGCCUGGAGAAAAAGAAGCGCAAGCAGGAGCGGAAGUUGUUACGCUCACAGAACAAGCUUUCCGCUGGGGAUCUCUUGCACACGCCCGGCUCGGACAGCGACAGCGGCGUUUCGCAGAGUACCGACAGCGAGGCCGCCCCGCACCCCGGCGCUCCGGCCCCGCGCAGCCCGCAGCACCACCAAAGACCCAGCGCCGCAUCGAGCCGGAGCGCGGACGCGGGAGACUCGCCUCGGACAUCGGACGGCGACGUCACACGUCCGUCUGCCUUCCACAAGCUCAGCCCGUUCAGCGUGGAGAGCCUGCUGGCCGACUCGAGCCCCCGGCGGAGACACGCGCUGGAUUUGCAGCUGCCUCCGACGCCCCAGAGACCCCUGGUGGGCAAGGGCCACUUCUUGCUGUAUCCCAUCACCCAACCUCUUGGGUUCAUAGUGCCACAGACUACAGCCAGAGCAGGCCACGGUGACGCAGGGGACUCUAGCCACCGGUGGCCCACUGAUGAUGACCAGACCAGCUUUCCUAACUCAGAUCCAAAUCAUGAGAACGGUGGUUCCAGUCCAAACGAAUCAAAGCCGGAUCCAUCCGAGGCUAAAUCCCCUCAAACAAAGCUCUCACAGGGAGGCCAGUCGCCUCAAGACCACAAAGACACAAGAACACACACUUCUGACACCAACACACACCAAGACAUGGACUGAAACUGACAGGUCAUGGAGCAUUCCCAAAGCUAAACUAAUCACAACAUUUUUUCUAAAAGCAGACUGAAUUUUGAAUUCCGUUUUUUAAAACGAAAAAAAAAAUCCCUAAAAACGGGAUAUUCUUCCUUCAGGUGGAUUACAGAUUUUUGUUCAGUUUUUGACUCACUGAACGGGCUUAGUGAUGUCUGCUAGCCUAACCUAGCCUGACUUUUCCUAAGGGGAAGGAAAAAACAACAUGAAAUCCUCAAACAUUGUACAAACGAUGAAUAUCAAAGAUAUUUAUAUAUGUAACGUUUUCAUAAAUAAAAAUUGUAUUGUAAAAGAAA